AAAAAAAAAAAGAAAAGAACUCUUUCUCAUUGUCAUUCAUUGAUUCAUACGCACCUCUUCCACCACCACCAUAUCACAUGUUUGUUGUCGUCCUCCUUCCCAAGCACAGCACCGUUCUUCUUCUUCUUCUUCUUCUUCUUCUUCUUCUUCUCCCUCUUCCUUCCUCUCAGAAAAUGUGUUGCUUAUCUUCCUUCUCCACCCCAAUCCUCACCUUUCCUCCUCCUCAUCCUUUCUCCCUAGUGUAGCAUCGUUUUCUACUAAGUAGCCCACAAAUUCCCCCCUCCAUUUCCAGCCCAUAUCAUUUCAAUUUUUAUUCAUUUUUUUCCCCAAUCCUUUCUUUUCUUAGCUUCCGUUUUCUGUCACCGCUUUCUAACUUAUCGGUUUAGGAUCUAGGGUUUUUGUUUUGGGUUGUUCAUCGCGAUCGCUUACCUUUGAUCGCCCCCCUUGUUGGAUAAGCGUGAUUGAGAGAUUUUAUUCUUUCUGGGGUGAUGAUUUUUUGGUUUUGGUAGCUCAGCAUUUACAGUAAUCUAUUGUUCUUGAUUCGAAUUUUCCGCUUGAUCGGUGGCUGUUUGUGAAAUUUCACCCCGCUCCCCCGCCUUUCUUACGUACAAGCUGUUUUCCUGAAUUGGCGGCUAUCAAGGGGGUUUUCUGCUGUGGUGGUUCAGCAUGAAGCGGACACCAUAUUAUAAUGCUCUUUCUAUUGUCCCUCCCGUGCAAGAUCAAUGGCCCAUCAAAAAAGCUCUUACAUUGUCGGAUGUUGAUAUUACUCAUCCGUUUCUCACAUUGUCGAGGCAGCAAGUUGAUAGUCAUAUUGUUGUGCACAUGUCGCAACAGCAACAGGAUCAUUUGAGGGCAGUAGGACAAGUGGAUUUUAAUGCACGGGAUGAUGACACCGGUGAAAUGUAUGUGAUGAAAUUGAAGUGGCGCGGCAGUUACUAUAAUCUGAUUGGAAAAUGGGGAAAAGUUGUACGAGGGAAGAGGCUUAAUGUUGGUCAAGACAUUUAUAUUCGUUGGUCUAAUGGUUGUUUGCACUUUUCAGUUCCUCAACAGCAGGUUGUUACCAUGCCACCUCUCCGGAUGCUUGCAUUACCAGCACCACCUGCACAGGACCAAUGGCCCAUUAAGAAGGUCUUAACCUUGUCUGACGUAGACCUCAAUCAUCCAUUUCUACCAUUGCCUCGCCGAUUGGUUGAAGAUCAUAUUCUUCUUAAUUGGACACAGGAACAGCGAGAACUUUUGAGAAGAGAAGAACAGGUAAAUGUGAAUGCUCGAGACUAUGAUACUGGUGAGAUAUAUCUGAUGAAAUUAAAGUGGAGGGGUAAUUACUAUAACCUAAUUGGCAAGUGGGGAACGAUAAUUCGGCAGAAAGGCCUUGGUGUUGGGAAAGAGAUUAAUCUGCGCUGGAUGAAUGAAUGCUUAUACUUCUCUGUUCCUCAGGAGCGUUAUAUUGCUACAGCUUCUGGACAGGAUAAUUGGCCAAUUAAGAAGGCACUUACAUCUUCUGAUGUGGAUAUUAAUCAUCCAUUCCUAACUUUACCUGGAAAAGCUGUAGAAGAUCACAUUCUUUUCUACUGGACGCCGCAGGCUCGUGAGCAGUUGAGGAAUGAGCAUCAGAUUAAUGUUAAUGCACGGGAUGAGGACACUGGUGAUCUGUAUUUAAUGAAACUGAGAUGGAGGGGAAGUUAUUAUAAUCUUAUUGGAAAAUGGGGCAAAAUUGUUAGAGGGAAGAAACUCCAUGUUGGAAGGGAAAUCAGACUUCGAUGGGAAAAUGGGUGCUUGCUUUUCUCAGUUCCUUAGUGAUCGAUCCUGUUCAAUGGUUAGAUGUCUCGAUAAGCGUAUCUUUGUGCUCAAUCAUUUUUAACUGUACCAAGUUGAUAUAUCUUUUACUGUAUCAAGUUGAUAUGUACAUUGAUUUUCUCUCUUUUAUGCUACAUCCUUUUCAUUUUGGCCUCUUUCUGACAGUUGUGUAUGCUUCUAUCCUUUUGCAGGUUGGCUUGAUGAAGCUACUGAAUAUAUGUUUAGACUUAAAAGAAGAAAGAUUCUGGAAGCUGCAAUUCAUCGAGGUGAUUGGACAUGGGGAUGGUUUACCGUUAAGAUUAAUAUAAUGAGACUGUGCAAACCUUUAUGCUUUCUUUGUUAGUUGAAAUUAUUCCAGUGUAAUGUACUUUGUUCAAUUUAGCUUCUUUAACUGAUGGAUAUUUGCAUGAUAUCAGAUCUUUUAAUUUUUGUUCCUGUGGGCUGUUUGUCAAUUUUUGAUGGGAUCCUACAUAAUUGUUUAGGUCUUUUCUUGUGGUUAGAGAUAUUGGCUGUCCAUUUCAUUUGCACUCUUUCGUCGUAAGAAGUAUAAUCAGUCACAAAACUUCGUUUCUGUUGGCAAAAUGAGGAGUGCCAAUAAUAAUAAGUUUGCAUUGACUACUUCUUCAUGUUUUACUUAAUUGUUUAAAAAUAUACUGCUUCUGGUCUUACAGAAGAUAUUUUUUUGAUCAAUUAGAGGAGCUUAAUUGAGUUGGAUUGGAAACUAUGGAGUCCUUUUAACAUCAGAUACUCAUGAAAAGAAAACUCCUGAAGAAAUUAUUUUCCCUGGCUUGUUUGUAAGGUCUCAUGGUAUCUUAUCAUCCAAACAAAUAAAGGGCUUGGAAAGUGUAAUUUUUCAUAAUCAUGCUUCAUUUUUAGCUUCUGGAGCAUUUUGGUGGAAUGUACUGUUCAACAAUAGAAAGGGGAGAAAACCAAUAGUAUUUUCUUACAAUCUCAAAAACAGAAGGAAAAAGACCAAAUAGCCAACUUCCUGCCACCGCAAACACCCUCCCCCCCUCAGUUUCCCUGCUUUUGUUUCCUCACCAAAUAUCUUUGGGGACGUUCUCAAAAAAACGUUGUGUUUAUAUCUAAAAUAUUUAUCACCUAAAAAUGUCCUAGAGGUACUCCUAUGACCAUUUUAUUUUGAUUUUCUCGUACAUCUAUAAGGAAUUUCUUGGCCUUCUUGUUGCUAUUUGGUUCUUAUUCUUGGAUGUCGGCUUGAAUGCCAUGUGGCUGUUUUGAGUUCAUUGCUGUUUGGUUCUUAUUCUUGGAUGUGGGUCUCAAUGCCAAGUGGCUACUUGAGUAGGUAGAAAGCUUUUGCUGAAGUAUAGUGGGGACAGUUGUGCUUUCAUUUUAUGACUAUAGUCUGAAUUGUGGUGGCUGUAGCAACCGCUUUUGCACCUGUCAUAAUUGCAUGUUCCUUCGACCGUCAUUUAAAAUCCAACAUGAAUUCGGUGCAGAGAACUAUGGCAUAUGAGAUCUACUCCACGUAUUAGACCUGAAUUAUUUUUCUCACAGAUCUAUCUUCUGUUGGCAUUCAUGCAUAUCUAAAUAUAUGAGUCUUUAACAUGAAAGAAUUAUCUGACAUUCAUAAUGACUAUAAUUAAGUGUUCUACAUAGAAAUCUUUUCUAACUCCAAAAUUUUAAAGUUAUCUUGCAUGGCUGUUUUUAAAUGCAAAAUUUAAAAGUUACUAAGAGCAAAAAUAGGAAUGUGGUAUCAAGAUAGAAUGGACAAUAAGUUCCGUUUUAUCAUUUUGCUCCUCCUGGAUAUGUAGGGUGAUAUACUUUUUCUUUCCUUUUUGGCACUUAGAUUUGGAAAAUCUUCUCCCGAGUAUUUUGUAUUAACUGGGUUUUAGUUUUGUAUAGUGAGCAAUAGGAUACCCUUGCUAUGUUCUCUUUCCAUUGGUUGUUUCUUCUCAAUUCAUUCUUCCAGUGCUACUAGUGUAUGUGUGACUGAAUUCUUGCAUGCGUGUUUUGUGGAUUCUCUUAGAAUUAGUUUUUUUUUUUUGAAUUGCUUCGUUAUUACAAUAUUAGAGUGAGCAAUUAAAAUUAAGAGAACUUUCUUAUGUAACGAGUCGGUAGGGUGACAGUGAUAAGUUUAUCAACUUUUGAACCAUUACCUUUCUUUUCGGUAACAGAUUUGUUACCGUCAUCUCCCAUGUUGUCGUCAGCUGAAGCAAUUGGCCUGGGUUUUGGGCAGGAAGAGAGUUUAUGCGUUAGGUCAGGGAGAAACUUUAAUAGGAAUCUGAAGUAGCGAGGCCUACCUAUGAAAAAACAGUUCAAGAUUGAGCUUUUCAUUUAGUCCAAGGUAGUUUAUAUGAUGCUCAUAACCUUGCGGCAGCCUUGGCAGCCAAGGCAUUGGACAAAAUUAUAACCUAUAAAGUUGGAGAGCUGAAAAAUAAAUUUUCAAAAGGAAUGGUCUGGAUGAAAACUUGUAAACUGCAUACAAAUUCUCCCUGUCAGAUUGUAACUACUUGUAAAUUGUGCUUAAGAGUUAGGUUAAAUAGAAGAUUGUAUAGAUUUUAGUAAAAUACAAACACCUGGUCCUUGGCAUUCUAUGUUUGGUAUAUUUGCAACUAUGCAGUCUUAAUUCGCAACCGUCUCAGUUUGAAUUCAUCUUAACUAUCUUUAAAAAUUUUGAAAUAUAUUUGGUAAUUUGUCAAUGCAGAUGUUGUAUAUCAGAGAACUAAAGUGACAGUACUUCCAAUGUGGCUUCGCUUGCGAACAUAUUAUGAUGUAUAGUGGAGCUAUUGACUUCUGAAGAUGGUUUCACCAACUCUUCCAGAGAUUUCUGUCCUCAUUCAUCUAGCUGUACAUGGAGCUGCGGUGCAAUUUUGCAAUUAUUUUGAAGGUCUCAAGAAGUAGAAUCUGCUUGUUGUCUUGAGGAUGCAUUCUUUGUAUGCUCUACAAGCUGCUCUGUUACCUUGGAGUUGACCAGCUGUUUAUAUCCUCUGCAAACAGUACUUCCCAGUACCAAUAUAUUUAGAGCUCUAUAUAACAUGCUCUGUUUUUCAAAGACUAAUGUAGGGCGUUGAUAACAUUGCCUUCAUUGAAUUUGAGAGUUCCUAGACAUUAGUGCUCUCAAGAAAAAGCUGUUGAAGGCCGAGUAAUGUCUAUGUUACUCAAUUAGCUGAAGCUGGCAUCAACAGAUUUUAGUAGUUGAUAUAUAGUUUUUAUCCUUUUUGGGGCAUUGGUUGUUUUUAUUGAAGAAGUCAAAGGCGAUUUUAAUCUGCUGUAAAUUUGGCCUGUCAAUUCUUGGUGGAUGCUGAAUGUGGCUCUGAUGGAGUGUUGUAGAUUAUCAACCGCUGCUUAUUAGCGGUUUUGCUAUUUGCUCAAUGGAAUUGUAGUUGUUACACAGUAGGUUUCCUGGUUGUGGAGCUCAUUGCCGCUCCAUGUCUGGUGGAAUAAAAGGACGUAAGUCCGUCAGAAGCCAUGAACUUGUUCUGCUGCAGAGGGCAAUCUGAAGGGAAGCCCUUCUACAUACAUUCAAUGAAACCCGGAGACUGGUGAGUCUGAAGCUUUCUGAGAAUUGAGUUUUCCGGGAACAUUUGAUCAAAGCUUUGGUAAUAUUACAGUGCAAUGAGGCUGCUUGUUGAUGUAUCAAUUAAGCAGCAGUUUGAAUCCCUUUCUUAACUCUCUUAGAACUGUCGCAGCAAAGUAUACAUCACUCAGAAAGAGGAUCUUAGGUUAAUAUUGUUUAUCUUGUGUUUUGGAUAACUACACAUUGAAGGUUUCUUUUCUUCUCCUUAGGCUCCCGCCACCCACCCCAUUGUUUUUUGUUUAAAUUUGGUCAAUUUAUUGAAGCUGACAUCAAAUGGAUGUCACUGAUUUCUGCAAUAUUUACUAGCACAAAAACAACAAAUAUAGUACAAAGAAGAUAAGUGGUGACCAAGAUGAUGU